CCCACUGCGCCAUUACACCCCCUUUGGUCAAGGGUAGUUAUCCUUAAUUGCUUUGGUAAAUAUACUGUGGUACAAAUGGGUAAAACAACAGUCUAAGUCAGCUUGAAAAAAGGUGUCAGCAAUAUAACGGUCAAUAAUAAUGAUGUCAAAUGUAUUGUUUAGUCCUGUUUACUAUGGUUUUAUGCAGUUUAACGGUAACUUAUUGUUCCACUGGUCUACGUCAGGAAGGGUCAAUAUUCCCAUUAUUGUGUCUUUGUAUCUUGGGAAUUAACUGCCCAGCCAUUUUACUGUACGUCUCUCCUGCACAUUUAGAGCUCUUCUCAAUUUGUAUACGCAUUCCAUUCGAAAGCCAGCCUUUCGGUCUGUGUAAUUGUCUCCGUGAGCCUGGACGUCUGUGUGUUUCUGUGUACGGCUGUGUGUCUUUCUAGCCGUUCGUCCGCAUGAACGUGCUUGGAUUUGCCUGUAUGUGUGUGUCUGUGUUUUUCUGAGGCCAGAUUAGCAGAUUUCCCCGUGUACUUGUGUGUAUUCUUUGUCAUGAGUCAUGGUGUGUGUCCGUUUGUGUAUUUGUGUUUUACUACACGUUUGUCUGUGUCUAUAUGGCUGGACUCGUCCGUGUGUGUGUGUGUCUCGCUGUGUAACGUGUGUUCUUCCGUGUACCUGUGUGUCUUUGCGUGAGUGUGGCUGGAUUUGCGUGUCCGUGUACAUCUGUGUAUGUGAGACAUCCCUUGUGUGCUGUUGUGUGUGUAUUUGUCAUGGUGGUGCGCGUCUGUUUGCGUAUUUGUGUGUGUUUCUAUGUACGCGUAGGUUUCUCAGUGUGUGUGUGUGUGUGUGUGUGUGUGUGCACGCGUGCGCGGGCCCGGCGUUGAAUCAGGAGGAAUGGUGUCAGUUAUGUAAGGCCCACGGAGCAGUGAGAGCAGCGCGAGGUGCCUCUCGAGCCGCUCCUUCCUGCCGCCGCCGCUGCCGCUCCGUCUCUCUCCGUCUCUCCGCAAAGCUCCGCUCCGUCUCCGCGCCACCCGCCGCCGGCCUUGGUCUUCUGUGUGUCGUGGCCCAUUCCGGAAGCGGACAGGGGCAACGCGCCUUCACCACCACUGGGAGCUGCAGCCCCGGGUAGCGCGAAUGGGACAAGCGAGACCAGAGAGCGGGCCUAGACGGGUGUGGGAGUGAGGAUGGACAACCUUUCUGAGUUUGGGAGCCUCUGUCCGUCCAGUCGGAGGGAAUGGGACACUAGCAGUUGUGUGGAUGAUCUGCUGGAUGAAGAUGAGAAGGACAGGGCAAAAAGGGCAUCGCGAAAUAAAUCGGAGAAGAAGAGGAGGGACCAGUUCAAUGUCCUCAUUAAAGAGCUGUGCACCAUGCUGCAGAGCCAGGGUUACCCCCGCAAGAUGGACAAGUCCACCAUACUGCAGAAUACCAUCAACUUCCUGCAGAAACAGAAAGAGAUCUUGGCACAAACUGAGUCCUGUGAGAUCCGACAGGAUUGGAAGCCCUCGUUCCUCAGCAAUGAGGAGUUCACCCAGUUGAUGCUGGAGGCCUUAGAUGGUUUCCUUAUAGCACUUACGACAGACGGAAACAUAAUUUAUGUCUCUGACAGUGUUUCUUCACUUAUUGGCCAUUUACCGUCAGAUAUGGUGGACCAAAAUAUUCUGAACUUCCUCCCUGAACGUGAGCACGGGGAGGUCUACAAGCUGCUUUCAUCUCACAUGCUGAUGGGUGACCCCGUCGCUGCAGACUUCCUGGAGAAUGAAACGCAGAUUGAGUUCUGCUGUCAUUUAGCCAGGGGAAAUAUGGAUGCUAAGGAGCCCCCUACAUAUGAAUAUGUAAAAUUUGUGGGAGAUUUCAAGUUCCAUAACAGCGUGCCUACGUCUUCAAGCAACGGCUUCGAGCUGGCUUUGCCACGGACCCUGCAGUCCUCUGCUGAGGAGCAAGUCUGCCUGGUUGCCACCGUCCGACUCGUCACCCCACAGUUUCUGAAGGAUCUGUGUAACGUCGAUGAUCCCUGUGAUGAGUUCACAUCUCGACACAGCCUGGAAUGGAAGUUCUUGUUUUUAGAUCACAGAGCUUCGCCGAUUAUAGGCUACCUACCUUUCGAAGUUCUGGGAACUUCUGGCUAUGAUUACUACCAUGUGGAUGAUCUGGAGCUCAUUGCCCAGUGUCAUAAGCAAUUGAUGCAGUUCGGGAAGGGCAAGUCCUGCUACUACCGCUUUUUGACCAAAGGUCAGCAGUGGAUCUGGCUGCAGACACACUACUACAUCACCUACCAUCAAUGGAACUCCAAGCCCGAGUUCAUCGUAUGCACACACACUGUGGUCAGCUAUGCCGACGUGCGGACAGAGAGACGACGAGAGCUUGGGCUUAAGGAAACGUUGUCUGAAAUGGCCUCCUCAUCCGUUAAGCAGGAUCACACUGUGUACCUGGACAUCAACCCCCCCACGGAGGCACCAAAAGAGCGCGUGAGUGGAACCCGGUCGGUGUCUUCUCACAGCUCCCGCAGGUCCUCCCACACCGCCAUGUCCGACUCAGCAUCAAAUUCCUCGGUGAGAUACACAGAAGCGAGCACACCACCACGGCAGUCUGGACCCAUCGGACCUGAGAAAGCUGCAUCCAGAAUUCAGCCGAGCAGCUCAAAGGCUUUGGCACAGAGGCAGAACUUCUCGUCCGAUCUGCUGCCCCAGCCGAGCAUCCCCCUUUCACCUACCAGCAGUCAGCACUCUGUCACGCAGCCGAUGUACCACUUCCAGGCGCCGCAGCUAGGCGUCAUGCAUCAGCUGAAGGAGCAACUCGAGGAGAGGACUCGGGUCCUGCAGGCAGACAUCAAGACCCAGCAGCAGGAGCUGCACAGCAUCAAGGAGCAGCUGCAGCGGGUCAACAGCUCCAACCUCCAGAUGUUGCUGCAGCCGGUAUCAGUGGGAUUCAGCCAGGUGCCACAACCAGAGCAGAUCCUGUCCGUAGCCACCCAGCCAGCGCAGCCCCCAGCCAUGAGGCAGGCCUCCAGCCAGGCCAAGAAGCCACGCUGCGGACCCCAUGGUGCCUCGGCCCACCCUCUCCUAAGGGACCCCUGCGCAUCCUCUGCUCAGGUACAGCCGCGCCCCGUGAGGAGCUCCGCCCAGGUGCAGGCCAUCAGCCUGCCGGUGCAGACCCACACCAGCCUGACCAUGCCGCUGUACAGCAACCCCAUGAUGUUUUCCCACACGAGCGGGCGCCCCCUGCAGGAGGUCAGCCAGAGACACCUCGACGGGGAUUUCAGCCAAGACGGACAGCUACGCAUGCUGCUCAACCAGCCCAUGCAGACCAUGAUGCCGGAGAGCAGCGCGAACGUGCAGAACUCCCUGUGCAGCACAUCCAUGUCGCAGACCAAAUCAAAUUGUUACUUUGAACAAAAACUAGCUGAUCAGCAACUAUUGCUAUUACCUGUGAUGGACUGGUGUACCCCACCUCGUGUUUCCAAGACAGGAUACACUCUGGAGCAGCAGAUGAUGGGGCCACCGCUGCCUGUUCAGCAGGUGAACUGCAACGCCGUCAUCGUGCCCUCACCCGUCUUCACGUCCCCCAUCGUGAUCCCCCACAACAGCUUCAUCUCGCACCAGGCGCAACCCACCUACCUGGCACCGGGCCAGGUGUCGCAGGACCCAAUUCAGCUGCAACAGACCCAGCCCUUCUUCCAGCAGAUGCAGUCUCAAACCCUAUUCCACGCUGCCCACGUCCCACAGCAAAGCACGAUGGGAUACAUCCAGCAGCAGCAGCAGCAACAGCAGCAGCAGCCGCAUCGGCACUCCCAGAACCAGACUGGCAGCCUUUCAGACUUCCGGAACAUGCUCACACGGUAGCCCCGGGCAACCAAGGGUGUUGGGGCAGAGGGUUGGACCCCCCCCAGAUGUGAUGGUUGUGUAUUCUGUGAUGAGACGCAGAAGGAUACCCGAAGCAGAGAGCCACCCGGCUCCAAUACUGCGGGUCUCGGUGCACCAGGCCAAAGCCCCCGUCCUGCGAAAAAACCCGGAAACUUGCAAUCUCCUCGCGGUGGCCUUACUUUGAAUAAGGUACUGCCUUUGUUCUGAUGCGCGAAUAGUACUACGUUCUAUUUUUGUAUUUCGCACGGGUGUGAAGCAUGGGCCGAGGCGGCCUGCUCAGGUUCGAGGAUUUCUGAUCAGGCCCAAGCUCUGCUCCAGGAAUGCUGCGUAGAGGCACCAAAGCUCUGCACGGCUCCCACCUCCAACACGUAUGUCGAGGCACACGGAAGUGCUACGCUGGUGACCACGUCGCAAGCAGGUGCCACGGACGGACGUUGGGCAUCCCGUUUUGAUCCAGUUCUGCUUUUUGUACUGUAGCUUUACGACAUAGUUGUAACCGCACGUCCUGUAACCUGUUGUACAGCGCCGAGCGACAACAGAGCACCGACCGCUUUGGUGGGGAAGCACACGGUGGGUUCCAGAGUACCAGUGUCAGUGACUUGAAUUAAAAAAUUGCACAACGUAUUGUACCACUGGGCUCCCACUGCGGAUUCUGAGGCGGCAGGGAAGCCAAGUGCUCUCACUUUACACUUCACACAUUAAAUGACAACAGAUGACGUUGCCUUGCGCGCGGUUGAGCGACCGCGGUGUUGACAGGCAAAGCAGAGAUGCAGAUUAACUCAACACCAACCCAUCAUGGCGAUCAAAGAGCGGCGCAUAACGGAUGAUUAAAAUAAAUUUCAAAAUUGGGAUCUGAAAGAAUACACGUGGUUUGACCUUUAAAGCAGGAAGGGCUGUAAACUGUGAGGUCACAUGUGCUCUUUGGCCAAACUGAACGUGUCUGUCCAAUUACUAGUCCAUCAGCAGAUGCAGUCCUCACUUGCUCGGUUCCUCUGGUUUUCACUCAGAAGGAAGUAUCUCACAGCAUGUUCUUCAGCAAAAAUUUUGACCAGAAUAAUAAUCAUAAUAAUGAAUUAAUUAUUAUAUAUGGCACCUUCAGACUGAGCUUUUGAAAGCCCUUUUACUGCAAAAAGAUGGUACGGUAAUAAGCAAGUAAUAAGCUGGUAGCGUAGUGGUUAGAGCUGCUGCCUUUGGGUCCAAAGGUUGCAGGUUUGCAUCUCACC